CAGCUGUUCUUCCCUAAUCCCUCCAAACAAUUAGCUAUGGUCUCUCGUCUCCUCAUCGCUUCUCUCCUUCUCUUCUGCUUGGUGGAGAACUGCUAUGGUACUGUGCUCUUUUCUUCGCUCAAACGAACACUGGUGGUCACCGCUUCACCAAAAGCAGGAGAAGUGCUGAAAGCCGGAGAAGAACAAAUCACAGUGAACUGGGGAUUCAACCAGAGCUUCCCAGCUGGGACCGACACGGCGUACAAAAGCGUGAAGGUGAAGCUAUGCUACGCGCCCAUUAGUCAGAUAGACCGUAGCUGGAGGAAGACCAACGACGAUCUGAGCAAGGACAAGACCUGCCCAAACUUAAUCGUAUCCAAACCUUACGAUACUUCGAAGAACAAUGUAGAACAGAGCUUCGAUUGGACCAUUACAAGAGACGUUCCCACAGCAACUUACUUCGUGAGGGCUUACGCUUAUAACUCCGCCGGUGAGGAGGUGGGUUAUGGUCAGACUACGGAUGCUAAGAAGACAACCAACCUAUUCGAAAUCCAAGGGAUCAGUGGGCGUCACGCAUCACUCGACAUCGCCGCUGGUUGCUUCUCUGCUUUCUCCGUGGCGUCGCUGGUUGGAUUUUUCUUUUUGGAGAAGAGGAAGGCAAAGAUGUCGGUGCAGGAGUGAGUGGAACGUUUGAUUUGUUUUCUUUCUUUAAUUAAUCAGUAUUAAGGAGGGAGAUAGUAAUUAUUGUAUAAGAUGUGUUGGUUAAUA